GCCGGGUGGGGGGCAAGAUGGCCACUUUGGCUCGGCUGCAACAGCGGCUACCAAGUUUCAAGGAGGAGUAUUACAGUAGAAACAGGUGUGUAGAUGAAUACAGAAAAACAGAAUAUUAUGCUGCUGUAAAAAUUCAGAGUUGGUUUCGAGGGUGUAAAGUCCGGGCAUAUAUCAGGUAUCUGAACAAGAUGAUGGUAUUUAUUCAGAAAUGGUGGCGGGGAUAUCAAGGGCGGAAAAAAUUCAGAAAAAUGGUGGAGACAGCAUAUUUUAUUAUGAAGAUGAAUUUCUACAAUGAAAUGGCUGUCAGGAUUCAAAGAAGAUGGCGAGGCUAUUACGUACGAAAAUAUAUCCAUAAUUAUUAUGCACUAAAGAAGUACUUGGAAGUUGUUGCAUUGAAUAAUGAGAUGGUCAGGAAAGAACUAGAAGAGUUUGCAGAGAUGAAGGAGAAAGAAGAGGUGAAAAAAGCUCUUGAAAGGGAAAAAAAGAAAAAGGAUUACCUAGCUCGAAAGAUGCAUUACCUCCUUAGCACUCAGCAGAUUGCAGGCAUAUAUAAUUCACCCUAUCGAAAGGAACCUGAUCCUUGGGAAAUGCAGUUAAGGAAAGCUAAACCUUUGAGGCACAAAAAGAAGAUUGAGAAAAAUGCUAUGGAUUUUCCAAUUUAUGCUGAUUCCUUUGGUUUACAAACAAUGCCAACUCUUCCUCCAAUUCAAAGACAAAAACCACAGGGACCUUUCCGUGAUACUGUUGAUGUACUCCAGCAACGGUUCAAACCCUUGGAACCAUCUGUGCAGGUGGUAGCCUCAAGUAGUUCAUUUCAACUUGCCCAAGAAAAACAAAGACAAGAAGAAUGGCGAAACCGUAUACAGGAUGAAAAGUUUAUGCCAUUUUCAUAUAAUGUGCCAGGUGAAUAUAUUCCAUCCAUGCAGAGAGCAAGCAAAUAUGGUCAGUCAAAGUAUGGAUUCAAGUAUUUCCGGGAAGAACACCCAGAGAAAUGGAUAACAAAGAAGGAUUUCUUAACCGUGUUACCGUCAAUUCCUCUUUUUGGAAAGUUUGGUCAAGCCUAUUCCAGAGCUGGGCAAUUUGUUUAAACAUGACGUCUCCAACCAGUUUUGUAAGAAAUUUUAACAACUAACUCUUUUAAGGCCAAAAGUGAUGCCUAUGAUUACUGUACCAUGCAGUCUUGUGGAAGAUUUUUAUCCAGACAUCAUUAGUAUAAUCGAGUUGUGGAAGUUUUGAAUUGAAAGAAGGGUUCCAUAGCAAUUGGUCAACUGCUGUCAUCAUUUCUAUGAAGAAUAUCCGAAAACAACUUCAGGAACAGGGUCUCCUUCCUUCCUUUCAACAAUCAGAAACUCCAAAGCGUAAUGACAUCUAAAAUAAAUGCUAUUUGACAACAAUUUGAAGGAUCGGUCGCAUUUUCUUAAUCAGAUAGUCUUGACUGUUUUUACAGUUAUUUUAGAAAUGUAGCCUGUU